CUCCUCUCUGCACACACUUGGACUUUUCCAGACCCUGAUCCAGCCUGUGAAGUUCAUCUGCAGCACCUGUUGACAAAGACAUGAAGCCAGUCCCCUUGCUCCUGCUCCUCUCCUCGGUCCUCCUCUCAUCCCACCUCAGCCCCACCGCUGGCAGACCACACUCCCUCCCCGGCUGGCUGGAUGGCAGCGGCCGCCUCCAGACUCAGCAGCUGGAAGACAUGCUCCUGAGAGCGGCGGCCGCCGGGGACAGCACCACCUCCAAGCUCCUGAGCGAAAACAUCAUGAAGUUACUGCAGAACAAGAGCCAGGAGCCCCUGAGCGCCCUCACACCUGAGGAGGAGACCGAGGAUGAGGCAGAGAGGGCGGCGGCGCAGCUGCUGAAGCGAAGUGAGGACCCGCCGCUCUCCAUCGACCUUACCCACCAUAUGGUGAGGUACAUGAUUGAGAUGGCCAAGCUGGAGAAGCAGAGGGAGCAGGCUCUGCUCAACCGCAAAGUUCUAGACGAAAUCGGGAAGUAA